GUGGGGCGGCAGCCAUAGGUCACAUAACUGAGUCCAAAUAUGAGAGGUAGACCCAGAUUAAUAGAUGAGUCAGGGCUCAAGUGUGGUAUAAAACCUUGGAAGCUCCAGAGCUCUUCACAUAAGCCAGCAUCUUCUCUCCUCACUCAGCCCCUGGUGCUUCAGGGUUCCAUUCCUCCUUAGACAAGAUGUCUCACCAGAAAAAGCAGCCCACCCCUCUACCCCCAGUCGGCUGCGGGAAGACCUCAGGCGGCGGAGGCGGCGGAGGUGGCGGCGGCUGUGGCUUCCCUAGCGGCGGCGGCGGCGGCUCCGGCGGUUGCGGCGGCGGCGGCGGCUCCGGCGGGAGCGUCAAGUACUCCGGCGGCAGCAGCAGCUCUGGCUGCGGAGGCUACUCUGGUGGUGGCGGCGGCGGCGGCGGCGGCGGCUGCGGCGGCGGCGGCGGCGGCGGCUCCGGAGGCUGCGGAGGAGGUUCCGGUGGGAGUGUCAAGUACUCGGGGGGUGGUGGCUCCUCCGGGGGUGGCAGUGGCUGCUUCUCCAGCUCCGGAGGUGGCGGCUCGGGCUGCGGGGGUGGCUCCUCCGGGGGCGGCGGUGGCUGCUUCUCCAGCUGCGGCGGCGGCGGCGGCUCCUCCGGCUGCAGCAGUGGCUGCUACUCCGGCGGCGGCGGCGGCGGCGGCGGCGGCGGUUCGGGCCAAGAGGUCCAGUGCCAGAGCUACGGAAGCGUCUCCAGCGGCGGCUGCGGGGGCAGCGGCAGUUCCGGCUGCGGCGGCGGCUCCUCCGGGGGCGGCGGCAGCUCCGGCUGCGGCGGCAGCGGCGGCUCCGGCUGCGGCGGCGGCGGCGGCGGCGGCGGCUCUGGCUACUUCUCUCAGCAGACCACCCAGGCCUCGUGCAUGCCUCAGCAGAGCUACGGAGGGGGAUCCUCCGGAGGCAGCUCCGGCGGCGGCUCCUCUGGGGGCGGCAGUGGCUGCUUCUCCAGCUGCGGCGGCGGCGGCGGCUCCGGCUGCGGUGUUGGCUCCUCCGGGGGCGGCGGUGGCUGCUUCUCCAGUGGUGGGGGCGGCGGCGGCUCCGGCUGCGGCGGUGGCUCCUCCGGGGGCUGCGGUUCCUCCGGGGGUGGCAAGGGCGUCCCGAUCUGCCACCAGACCCAGCAGAAGCAGGCUCCUACCUGGCCAAGCAAAUAAGGCCCGUUAGACGCCGCGGAGAAGAAAGAGAUGGAAGUAUUCUCCGUGAGCGCCAAUGGGCUUAGCGGUCUCAUGAUACUGCCCUGAUGUUCCCAAAUCCUUCAGGUGUCAACACCCGAGCCACUGAGCUCUGGGGCUUCAUCUUGUUCUGCAGUUUUUCCUCUUUGGUUUCUGUACAACGAUCUCCCAGCCCCGGUACAUCCUCAGUCAAUAAAUUUGAAAUUCAUGAGAA